CAACAGUCCAAGCCCGCCGUCCUGCCCCAGAGCGACACUGCAAGGAAGCGCGCAGCCGGAGGCCGAGCGCACUUAGGGAGCAACGCUUGGAGCUUUCACCGCGCCAUGUUUCAUCCUGCCGAGCACUCCCAGGAUUGGACCAUGGAGGGCCACCGGGACGGGUUGAAGAAGGAGCGGCUGCUGGACGACCGCCACGACAGCGGCCUGGACUCCAUGAAGGACGAGGAGUACGAGCAGAUGGUGAAGGAGCUGCGCGAGAUCCGCCUCGAGCCGCAGGAGACUCCGCGCGGCGCCGAGCCCUGGAAACAGCAGCUGACCGAGGACGGAGACUCGUUCCUGCACUUGGCUAUCAUCCAUGAAGAGAAGGCACUGACAAUGGAAGUGAUCCGCCAAGUGAAGGGAGACCUGCCUUUCCUCAACUUCCAGAACAACCUGCAGCAGACUCCGCUCCACUUGGCUGUGAUCACCAACCAGCCAGAAAUUGCUCAGGUUCUUCUGGAAGCUGGCUGUGAUCCUGAGCUCCGAGACUUUCGAGGAAAUACCCCCCUACACCUUGCCUGUGAGCAAGGCUGCCUGGCCAGUGUGGGAAUCCUGACACAGACUUGCCCAACCCAGCACCUCCACUCCAUCCUGCAGGCCACCAACUACAAUGGUCACACAUGCCUGCAUUUGGCUUCCAUCCAUGGCUAUCUGGGCAUCGUGGAGCUUUUGGUGUCCUUGGGUGCUGAUGUCAAUGCUCAGGAGCCUUGUAAUGGCCGCACUGCCCUCCACCUCGCAGUGGACCUGCAGAAUCCUGACCUGGUGUCACUCCUGUUGAAGUGUGGGGCUGAUGUCAACAGAGUUACCUACCAGGGCUACUCUCCAUACCAGCUCACCUGGGGCCGCCCAAGCACCCGGAUACAGCAACAGCUAGGCCAGCUGACCCCAGAAAACCUGCAGAGGCUGCCAGAGAGUGAAGAUGAGGAGAGCUAUGACACAGAGUCCGAGUUCACAGAGGACGAGCUGCCCUAUGAUGACUGUGUGCUUGGAGGCCAGCGCCUGGCAUUAUGAACAGAAACUGUCUAAAGAAACAUGGACU